AUGAAGUCUUCAAAGAAGCCUGAGAUGGCUGAAGUGAAUGUUUCGACUGUUGUCAUCAAACCAGUGGAGCCUGUUAAUGAUACAGUAGUGGCAGAGAAAAUUCCUUCAAAAUCUGGUGUUUUUCGACGAUUGAAGAAACGGACUAGGGGUUCACGAAAAUCUUCGGAUGGUGUGUUCAAAUCUUCUCCUUCUAAUGUUCGUAAACCACAACUCUCUCAUCAAGGAGUCAUUUUUCGAGAGGUUCCAGCUCCAGUUUCGCCUCUGUCCAAGAAACGUAGAGCUGAAGAUGUGGCCAAACACAUUUCAAAGAAGAAGAAACAACAACGCAAGUUGGUUAUCCAAGAGGAGUCUUCCGAAGAAGAAGUAGUUCCUGACACACCAGAACCAAUUGUUUCUCAAUCUGUAUCUACUCCUGAGCAGAAUAUUGUCAUCCCACCCGAAGUUUCGUUAACUGAAUCAAAUACUGAGGAGGUUCGAACUUUAGACAUCCCUACACACGUAUCUGAUACGGAUGUAAAUGUCAACAUGGGUGAAGGAGGGUUGAACAAAUAA